AUGUCGGUCCUGAGACCAUUGUCGCGGCCACGACAGUUCGUGUGCCGGCAAUGUAUACGAAGACAGCACACCUUGGCUCGUGGUGAGCGACCGACGGUGAACUGGGCGGCCGAAGAGACUGAUGCUGCGGUGCGACAAUCACAGUGGGAGGAACAGGCUGGGAGGAUACGGUCAGGCUCACAGCAGAGCAUGCUGAGUCUGCUUGAAGAGCGCGGUUUCGUCAAACAUGUGGCUGGUGGACACGAGACGCUCGACUGGCUUCUUACAGAGAAGCGCAUAGGAGCCUAUGUCGGCGUAGACCCUACCGCACCUUCCCUUCAUGUUGGCCAUCUUCUCCCGCUCAUGACGCUCUACUGGAUGUACCUUCACGGCUACUACACCGUCAGCCUGUUGGGCGGAGGCACGGUACAGAUAGGAGACCCUUCUGGCAGGACCACAGCACGCUCACGGCAAGCUGCAGAUGUUCGGUCCAUGAAUGUAGAGAGCAUACAAGGUCAACUCGAGAAGCUCUGGACCAAUGUGAAAUGCCUGGGCAUCAAGCACCAGUACUCGCAGUACACCAGUCGGAGAUUUGACAUCCUCGACAAUCGAAGCUGGCUGGAGACGCUCAGUGCGGUCGAGUUGAUGAGAGACCUUGGAUCUGGCAUGCGGCUGGGGCCUAUGCUCAGCCGGGACUCAGUCAAGCUACGCAUGGAAAGUGGUGAGGGCAUGGCAAUAUCCGAGUUCAGCUACCCCCUCUUCCAAGCCUACGACUGGUGGAGCAUGUACAAGAAUCGAGGGGUCCAGAUGCAGAUCGGAGGCUCAGACCAAUAUGGGAAUAUAUGUGCAGGCAUGGAUGCGGUCAGCCACAUGCGCAAAAUCCACCGCAUGAGCGAUACGACCAGUAAAGAUGACGAUCCAAGUGUAGCAGCAUAUGGCCUGACGACGCCACUGCUCACCACGGCCUCCGGGGAAAAAUUUGGCAAGAGCGCAGGCAACGCUGUAUGGCUAGACAAGCACAUGCUCAGCUCGUUUGACCUCUAUCAAUACUUUGUGCGAACCGCAGAUGACGACGUCGAACGUUACCUGAAGUUGUUCACGUUCUUGCCACUAGAAGAUAUCGAACUGCUCAUGAAAAAGCAGCGACAAGACGAAUCGAGACGCUUGGCACAACACAUCUUAGCUAAGGAGAUUGUUGAGCUUGCCCACGGUUCUGCAGAGGCGAAAAAGGCAGAGACUGCACACAAAGAGGCUUUUAGUGCAGGAACCAACACAUUUCCGCUCGGCGCCCUCAGAAGUGCACUAUCAACAAACAACAAAUCUGACUCUCCCGUCAAGCCUCUUAAUAACAGGGAGAAGCAGCUGGCCGCAUACAAGGAAGCAUACGCUGCUUCCUCAACUACGCAGGCAAGGUCUGGCACCUCCAGCGAACGCCAGAAGAGCGAAGAUCGCAAUGUGAUAACCAUCCCACUAUCCAUGCUCCAGCCUGGCUCUUUUCCACGCGUUCUGUUCGCCGCCGGCCUGGCCUCAUCGAAGAGUGACGCACAGCGAUUGAUAGCUAAGAGAGGCGCGUAUGUAGUCGUGCCUGGCUCCGGCUCUCAAGAAAAUCCCACGGUCUUACGGUGGGCCACCAUCGAAGCAGGCGUAGCUGUAGAUCCGAACCAUUUCCUUGUUGACUGGGAAGCGCUGAUAUUGCGGUCCGGCAAGUCUAAGAUUCAGAUAUGUCGAGUGAUCAAGGACGAGCAGUUCAAGGCGGAGGGACUGAGCUGCCCUGGCUGGGAUGACGCGAAAGAGACGAGCACCGGCAAAGGCGAAUAG